AGGCGCAGCGAGAGUGAACCUGCCGCAGAAUAAACCCGAACAAAACCCAGACCAGGACUAAACUGGGUCUAUACGAGGACUGAACAAGAUCUAAUCCAGGACCAGACCCGGAGCAGAGGUUUGACCCGAUCUGAUCCGGAGACACGAUGCAGAGCACUGAGUUCGACUCCUUCCUGUACUGGAGGCAGCCAAUUGCAGCUCUGGAUUUGGGAGAGCUGUACGAGCUGGGCCUGACAGACGACCAGCCGACCAAUGAGAACACAGAGGAGGCAGGUCACGAGGUGGACCAGGAACUGCUGGAGUUCUCAGCGUUUCACUUCUGGAGGGCUCCUCUGGUCAGUGUGGACGCUUUGAUCCACGACCUGGAGCUACUGCUGUGAAGGUGCGACCACUGACCCCUGCGUGCCCCCCCCUCUACUGUCCCCAUGACCUUGUGACCCUGAGACGAGUCCCACUGCCAGAUCUGGGUCGCCGCUAUGCUCCUCUGACCUGCUUCGAACCAGGAAGCAAAUCUGCAUCACGAACAGGAAGCACAUCUUUAGGAUCACUUUUGCUGUGUUCCGUUUUUGCUUGGAGGUCGAAACAUUUUCUCUUGAGUUUCUGUGUUCCAGUGGUCAGGUGGGAAAACAGUGACUAGUCCAUUACAAUUUAUGUACAGUAACGCCUUAAAAGUAGCAGUAAAAACGAGGAAAGUGCUCAAAUCUGCCAAAAUGAUGGUCAGUAUUAGCCCUGACAUUGUUACAUUGAAAGCAACGUUUGAGAGGAGAACAAGGGAAACAAACAUAAGUACAAUCAAUAUUGAAACUGUCGGAUGUCAAACUUUAUCCACACACAGGGAGGGAGCAGCCAUGUUGGAUUUUCUAACUCAGAUCCAGUUUGGAGUUCUGAAAUGUUGCCUAAUUUUCUGAGUAGGAAUUUCAAUAAUGUGUUCUAGUGUAAAUGUACAAUUGAGAACUCAUAAAAUCCGACCUCCAAGGACAACUGGAACGCAACAUUUGUGCUCACAUUUAUUUCUCCGUGUUUCAGCCAAACUCCAAAACUUGGGUCAGAUUAAACACAAACAGUUUUCAUGUGAUAUUUUUACUGAACAAAAGUCAAAUCCAAUGUUCCAGACAAACACUGAGGCAGAUUUAUCAUGUUUUAUCAUCAUGUUUUUUUUAUUUAUUUAUGUUUCUUUUGUGAAUCUUGUGGGAAAACAGCACAGUUGAGGACAGUGUGAAAUAAAGCUCCUAAACUCUGAGGAGUGAAGCAGUGAGAGUGAAAGAGGAGGGGCAGUAUGUAAAGCCACAUUUUUGAGCUUUUUACCAUGUUUUGGGCGAAUAUAGCAUUUUCAAAACAAUAAAAGGAAACAUGGUUUCCACAAGUAUGUUUUGUGUUAGCAGUAAAUACCCCAUGGAAGUAAAAUAUCUUUAAAGUGGAGGUAUCAGAAUGUGUCAUGUGAAGGAGAGUGGACUUGAAACAUCUAGCGGUGCUCCACUUGAUGAUGUCACCAGGUGGAACAGAGAGAAGUCAGUCGUGCUCUGAUCUGAUCCGGCGGCAGAACUCAUCUCAACACGGUGCCAAAAUCCUUCUGUCACUUUGAGUUUAACUGGUUUAAACUUUAUGAUUUUAGAAUUGUCUGAAUGUGAAGAAUGUUUAUUAUUUAUUGUUAUUAUUGAAUUUCAACUCAUUUGUAACAUGCUUGUCUGUCGGCGCCUUCUUCAGGACAAUAAUAAUUUAAUUGUUUUGUGUCAAUACAGAUAAUAAAAACACACAAACUU